GGUUGUUUACUUUCCGACCCCGCGACAUACCAUCUGGCGACGAGUCCGUUCUACCUACAUACGUAGUGCAUUAUUAAAAUUAAUUUUCGUUAACAUAAUUACGCAUAAUGGCUAACUUUGUCGGAAACAUAGGAGUUUUUGAUCAUAAAGUGCAAGAAUGGGACGUUUUUUUCGGAAGGUUAUCGCAGUUCAUAAAACUGAAUAAGAUUUCGGACGAUAAUAAGAGUGCAGUGUUACUAACUCAUUUAUCGGAUGAGUCAUACCGGCUUGUUCGGAAUCUUGUACAUCCAACCAAACUGGAAGAAAAAUCUUUUAACGAGCUAGUUGAAGUACUCAGUGGGCAUUUCACGCCGAAACGAUCGACCUUCGCGGAUCGGGCCAAGUUUUUUGAGGCAACUAAGUCUGGCUCAGAAAGCAGUCAGGACUGGGCAGCACGGCUGCGGGGCUUAGCCGUCAACUGCGAGUUUGGUACGGAAUUGGACGUCCUGCUACGGGAUCGUUUUGUACUAGGCUUCAAUAUCGGUCCAGAACGUGAUCGUCUGUUCGAGAGUGAUUCGGAGAAGCUGACGCUGUCUAAAGCAUUGGAGGUAGCGCAGCAGGCGGCGUGCGCGAGGCAAGCGCGCACGGUGGUGGUCAAGGACGAGCCGGUAUACCGCUCGGAUGCUCGCGCGGAGCGUCGCGGCGCCGGUGGUGGCGCGAGUGGUCGCAAGAAUGACGGCGCCGGGCCGCGGUGUUCAGUAUGCGGGAUGAAAAACCACGACGCGGCUAAGUGCAGAUUUCGAAACUACAAGUGCCAAAACUGCGGUCAAAAGGGACAUCUAAAAAAAGUUUGUGGUAAUGAAUCGUCGAAAAUCCAUAGUAUCGGUGCUGAGUUAUUAGAAGCUAACGAAUGUGAGAACUGUAAAGAGUGUCAAAUGUUUCAAAUGAGAUACUGAUGUAAAACCGGUUACGUUCGAGCAGAUAAGGCAAGCAACAGCCGUGGAUAAAGUGUUAAAAACGGUAAUUCAAUAUAUGAAUCACGGGUGGCCUAGGAAAAUUACGUGUAGGUCUAUUUUACCAUAUUUCCAAUGUAAGACUGAUUUAGAGGUAAUAGACGAAUGCUUAUUCCGAGGUCAUAGAAUAGUAAUUCCUAGUGUGUUUCGACAGUCAAUGUUGAAUGCACUACAUUCGUCACAUUUUGGCAUUGUAAAAACAAAGAGCGCAGCUCGUGGUAGGGUAUGGUGGCCUGGAAUCGAUGGCGACAUCGAGCGCUGGGUCGGCGCAUGCAGCGCGUGCGCCGCCGUGCAGCCCGCGCCCGCGCGCGCACCUCCCGCCCCCUGGCCGCGCCCGCCCGGCCCGUGGCACCGCAUACAUAUUGAUUAUAUGUCGUUUGAGCAAAAGGAUUACUUGAUCGUGGUUGACGCUUUUUCCAAAUGGCUGGAAUGUAUUUAUAUGGAUAGAGGAAUUUCGACUGGUGCCCUUAUAUUAAAACUUAAACAGUUAUUUUCUAUUUUCGGUAUACCGAGGGUGAUAGUAUCGGAUAAUGAUGUAAAAAUCUGUUCAGUGGAAUUUAAACUAUUUUGUAAUGUAAAUGGUAUAGAUUAUGUAACUUCUCCAAUUUAUCAUGCUUGUAGCAAUGGCCAAGCAGAGAGCGGGGUGAAGACCUGUAAAAAAAUGCUUAAAUGUGUACUGCAAAAUAUGACGGGUGCAAGUCAUUGCACCAUACAGGAAAAAUUGCUGGGCUCUCUGUUUGAUUACAGAAAUACCAUUCAUUGUGUAACAGGUCAAACACCGGCUCAAUUGAUGAUUGGGCGAAAUUUACGGUCCAGACUGGACCUUGUGUUACCGAAAAACAAAGUUUCGAACAAGGAUACUGUAGACAAUGUUUUAGAAAAAUCGUGUCGCUAUUUCCAAGUAGGAGAAACCGUGUGGGCUAGGUGGUUCACUGCCAGGAAGAGUUUUUGGAAAUUAGCAACAAUUAUUAGAAUUAAAGGUAACAGAAUGUACGAGGUUAUGUUUACAGAAUUCCAAGACAAAUGUAAUAGGCAUAUAGACCAAAUUCGUAAAUAUACCCCCCCGUGCAGAAACCAGGAUGAAGUAGUACAAAAUGAACCGCCAAGCCCACGCGUGCAUAUAGAAGAUCCGAUAGGAAGGGGCAGGCCAGGCCAAGUGCCCACGGAAACGCCAGCGCCGUUGGACGCGGCCGCGUCCGAUGUGCUGCCUCACUUACCUUCUCCUCCAUUGUCACAUACAGGGGAAGCUUCAGAAGUUUCUGAAUAUCAGGGGGACAGUAAUUUUCAAGCUGAGGAUGAUGAGUGGGCUGAAACCUGCGAAGGGGGUGACGGGGGCACAGUUAUUGGCGUGGCUACUGAAUCUACUGAUGUUGUACAGGAAGUCCCCCCAGCAGGGAUAGGUGAUAUUGAUGAUGGGGCGGGGCGUUCCAAACGACCCAAAAAGAUUGUUAAUUAUAAGCCAUUCUUUUAGUUAUGUCUAUAUGAUUUUAAGUGUUGCUUACUUGUGUUAUUUUUACAGCAAAUAAUUUAUAUUGUUCUAGGUUUCCAAAGUAAUGGUGGAGGGAUGUAAUAUAUGUAAGCGCAUCACCCUGUCAAAACCAGUAAUAAACUAGCUACAGAGCAGUACGGUUGUUUACU